AUGGCAGAUCCGCUGGCUUUACCUGACGGCUCGACGCAGAGAUACAAUGAGCUUUUCAGUGCACUACCCAACGACGAUGCGCGGCGUGGAUAUCUGCUAUUCUUAACGGAGUACAAGGGCGGGAUUGAUGGGGCUGGUGUGCUUUCACGGGUAUGGAAUAAGACGGCAUCCACGGCGCAACAGGAAUACAUCAACCGUGCCGCAUCUGGGGCGGUCAGCCAUGCGUCAGAUCGUGAGAUUGAGAGCGAAGAAGAGUCUUCUAGGGACAGUCCCCAAGAAGUGAUCAAUGGAGGCCGUAAGCAGGCAGAAUCGGCAGCCCCAGAAGAUAAUGUUCGCGACAUAGAAGACCCGUUGCAUGGCGUAGCGCCACCCGCUGAGGCCGAUAACCCGGAAGCAUCGAACGAGACAGAGAAAUCUGAUUACGAGCCUAGUGAUGGCGAGAUCGCAAUAGCAAGGGUUGGUCUUACGGAAGCAGAUACUGGUAGAGCAGCACCUCACCAGACGAGGAAGAGGGGCCACGACGAACCACAUAACAACGCAACGCAAGCAUGGCAAUGGUGCAAGACGCUGAUGGACUCUCGUACUAGAUUUAGCGGGUCCAGAGAGAUGCGCACAGUGAGGAAGGCAGCCUCUCAACAAGAGGGUACGCUGACGUAUCGCUUGUAUUCUGAUUACGCCGAGCACGGAGAUCUGAGCGAACUUCUCAAAGUUUAUUACCAGGAAGAGAAUCUGGACAAGCAAAUUCCCGAGCAGUUUAUCUGGAUGGUCUUUCAUGCGCUGGCCGAUGCCAUAUGUACCCUAAACACGGGGGUGUGUGGAGAGACGCUCGACGAGGACAAAACGGCGGAAGGAGCAGAGCAUGGCCCAGAAGUCGGAAAAGAGGGACAAAAGACAAAGAAAAGAAAGCGAGGUGGGAACCAGCCCAGGGAGAAGUUCAAAGGUAGCAUGGUACACUUAGAUGUCAAGCCAGCGAACAUCUUUCUCAGUACCUCCAAGGAACCCUACCUAGCUUACCCAAAGACUCUCCUUGCUGACUACGAUGUCGUCAAAACGAUCUCACCAUAUACAGAUGUUUUAGAGGGUAGAAACGAUUGGGGCACCAAAGGAUUCCAAGCCCCGGAGAUCAUCGUAGAGGCAGCACAUCAUCAUCCUGUCAACGCCAAAGCAGAUAUUUGGUCGCUUGGGAUGGUUAUCUGGAAACUGAUGCAUACUACGCUUGGCAAAGAAAGGUCGGAUCAGAUAUGCGAGGACAGCAUCAAAGCUUCGUUCCAGUUUGCAGAAGGUACUACCUUCACAUCGACAGACGUUCCAGGCUACGAUGCGAUGUAUUCCAAUGUCUUGCACCAGCUAGUGAUCGACUGUCUCCAGAUCAGCCCGGGAAAGCGACCAGGUUACGAGAUUUUGGGAAAGAAAGCGAGAGCGGAAUUUGAGAGAUCGCAGAGGCGGUUAGGUCCGGUCUUGUCGGGUGAUAAGAUGGGUAGUGAUAUUGCCGGUCACCUCCGAGUUCUUAGGAAAGAAGAAUUGGAGUAUAAACUAGGGGAUAUGUUUGUGGAGCCUUUGAGUAAGAGGAGAAAAGCUUGA